AAAGAUGCCAUUGUUGCCAUAUGCUGUGUGUGAACCCCAAUAAUUUGGAUUUCAGAGAGGAGUGUUCAUAGAGGGUCAUAGAGCCUGACGUCACGUGGAAGCUCGCUCGAUGCUACGUGGAAAGGAAGUAGAAGCUACCUUCAGAUGUGGACGGCAAAGUAUCAAAACAAAUGAUGUAGCUAGUCGAUGAAGAACCAAAUGCAAUUCGACUACGUGAGCCCAGUCAUGUCCUGACAUGAAGAUCAGACCAUUAUUUGAAAGAUCAAAUGCUAUCAAGGCGUUGCAUCUACAUAAUGGAUUGUUUUUGACUGCAUGAUCGCUGUUUCUCGUCUUCCAUGGAUAGCUAGUUAGCCAGAUGACUAGCUAGCUGGCUAUCAAAGGCCUGGCCAGUCUGUUAAUGCUAGCUUGUCGAAUAUGUUUAUGUUGGUAUUUUGUUGAAUAUCCGAUUCAUUUGAUGUUAAACGUAGUUGAAUAUAUGUAAUGUGGCCUAACCCUAGCUGCCUGACGAACGCACAUUAAGCUAUCGAUAUAAACUGGGUUAGCUUUCGUCAUGAGUUGGUUUAACACGUCGCAUCUGUCGAGCUUUGCAAAACAGGCUCUGACAACAGCUCAGAAAUCUAUCGACCGCGUUCUGGACAUUAAAGAGGAUGACCCAUGGGGAGAUACAGUCGUCCCCACGUACGACGAUUUACCAGGCAAGACUGUCUCAACUGGGGGAUGGGGAAUGAAUCAGUGGGAUACCCCUGCUGAGGAAUGCAGCCAGACUACCCCUCCCUCAUCCGAGGCCAUCACAACACCGGUGACUCGCACAGUGGUGGAUGAGACUGAGACUUUCUUCAGUACUUUCCUCUCUCAGGGAGAUCUGCAGAGUGUCAUGAGCACCCAGGUGGUAUCUGUUCCACCUACUAAAUCUAGCCGAGGGCCACAGGAUAAGAAAGCGAAGGAAGACACGGUGGACAUAGACGAUGUGGACUCUCUACAGCAAGGAGAGACAGUCGGGGACCGACAGGAGUGUGAGGGAGAUGUGGAUGAGGACUAUGAGUCGAUUGAAGCUGAAUCUGAAAACUCAGGCACUGGCCAAGAUGUGGUUUUGCUGGAGCUGGAGCCUGAAGUUUCUGUCGCCUUGACUGUGCCAGAGCAAACAGUUACCAGCGAAAGCCAGACUGUGUUUGACACCACAGUAAUGGCAUAUAGCGAAGCGGCACCAGACGAGCCUCAGAGCCCUGAGCCUGAACUGGGAGUGGACCGCCUGGAAUUACCCGGAGCUUCAGAACCCAAGAGCCCUUCCAAAGCAGCACUGGCGCCCCCUAAGGAAAUUCUCCUGGAAUCCAAAGACCCCAAGGCGGAGGACAGGCAGAGUGACACCCCCUCACCCCCCGUCAGCGCCUUCUCCUCGGGCACGUCUACCACCAGCGACAUUGAGGUGCUGGACCACGAGAGCGUGCUGAGCGAGAGCUCGGCCAGCUCCAGGCAGGAGACGGCGGAGGCUAAGGCGGGCCUGCACCUCAUGCAGGGCUCUUUCCAACUGCUCAGUGCCUCGGCCUGUGGGGACUUCCCACGCCUGGACGACUAUAACAAGCUGACGGAGAGCUGCGGCUCGUCCUCGGACGCCUUCGAGCGUAUCGACUCCUUCAGCGUGCAGUCGCUGGACAGCCGCAGCGUCAGCGAGGUAAACUCCGACGACGAGAUCCCCGGGGGACGCACCCUGGCCUCGGUCACAUCGGCUUCCUCACACGCAUCCUCAAUUCUCAUGGUCCCAGUUCAGAAGAAAGAGGAGGAGGAGGAAGGAGAGGGAGAGGGAGAAGGAGAAGAUCAAAGGCAUGAUGAAACAAUGAAGGAGCAGUCUCUGGAUGAGGCAGAGGCAGAGACGGAGGUGGAGAGUGAGAUGGAGGAGAGCGGCCGCAGCGCCACGCCAGUGAACUGCGAGCAGCCUGAGGAGGAGCCGGAGUCAGAUGUCACACUGUCGAGUCUGAGCGUAGACGCCAGUGAGCCCUUCACUCCACCGGUCACAGAGCAAAGGAGGGGGUCCUCCACCUCUCAGAUCCUGGUGUUUCAGAAGAUCAUUGAUGAGCUCACAAGCAAACUUGAAACGAGGGAAACGCAGCUGUUAACAGUCAGUAAAGACAAGGCCAGACUUGAAGAACAGUGUGACAACCUCAAAGAUGAGAUGAUCAGCUUACGGGAGGAAACGACUACUGACCAGUCACUUAAAGAUGAAUUCACCCAGCGCAUUGCUGAAACCGAGAGGAAAGCCCAACUGGCCUGUAAGGAGAGAGAUAUUGCCAAGAAGGAAAUCAAGGGCUUAAGAGAGGACCUAGCCUCCAGGCUCAACUCCAAUGAGACCCUGGAGCUGAUCAGAGAGAAGGAAGAACAGAUCAGAGGGCUUCUGGAUGAAGGUGAGAAGUUGUCCAAGCAGCAGCUGCAACAUUCCAACCUCAUCAAGAAGCUGCGUGUGAAGGAGAGAGAGAGCGAUACAAAAAUAUUCAAACAGACCAAGCAACUCAAGGAGCAGGAAGAGGAACUUAAACACCUACAACAGGUCCUGGAUGGCAAAGAAGAGGUGGAGAAGCAGCACAGGGACAACAUCAAGAAGCUGAACGCAGUGGUGGAGCGGCAGGAGUGGGAGACGACCAAACAGCAGGGCGACCUCGAGGAGCUCCAGGAGAAGAACCGCAGUCAUCAGGCAGCCCUGGACAACGCCUACAAGGAGCUCGGCGAGUUGCACAAGGCCAACGCCACCAAGGACAGCGUGGCGCAGGUGCAGGCCCUCAGCCACCAGGUGCAGGCCAAAGAGGAGCUGGAGCAAGCCCUGGAGCUUGCCACCGAGGAGGCGCGCAUGCAGCAGGAGGCUCUGGCCAACCAGGUAGCAGAUCUGAGGAUGGCGCUGCAGAGGACUGAGCAGCAGCAGGCCAGGAAGGAGGACUACCUCAGGGAGGAGAUCAGCGAGCUGCAGCAGAGACUGCAGGAAGCAGAGACCAGGAACCAGGAGCUGAGUCAGAGUGUGACCGGCACCACGCGGCCCCUUCUCCGCCAGAUAGAGAACCUGCAGGCCACACUCGGGGGUCAAACAGAAUCAUGGGAGAAGCUGGAGAAGAGCAUCUCCGAUAGGCUGGUGGAUGCCCAGACGCAGCUGGCCGGAGCCGUAGAGAAGGAGCGCGCCGCAGUAGAUGAGCUGCACGGCCUCAAGGCUCAAGUGGCCUCGCUGGAAUCCCAGAAUUCCCUUCUGCGCCAGGAGAAGAGCCGUUUGCAGGGCCUUCUGGAGGCGGAGAAGACCAGGCGAGAGAAGCUGGAGGAUGACCUCAGCAGGGAGCUUGUGGAGUUGGAGAAUCUGAGGGGCGAGCACACACGGACUCUGGAUGACACCAGGAAAGAGAAGCUGCUGUUAAACAAUCAGCUGGAGAUGGAGAAGAUGAAGGUGGAGCAGGAGAAGAAGAAAUGCUACCUUGCACAGGAGGCCCUCAAGGAAAAGGAGAGGAAGGCCAUGGUGCUGUCUGUGAGUGAAGCUGCCACUUCCUCUACCCCCUCUCUGUCCCGCUCCAGCUCCAUCAGUGGGGCGGACCACGCCGGCCUCCACUCCUCCCUAUUGGCUCAGCAGGAAGACUCUCUGGACCACUCGUUUGGCACCAUGUCCCUCAGUGGAACCAACCUGUAUGAAGUGGCCCGCAUAGGCGGAGGCUCCAGCAUCAUGGAGAACCUGCAGUCGCAGCUCAAACUCCGAGAGGGCGAGAUCGCACAGCUUCAGCUGGAGAUUGCCAGUCUGGAGAGGAGCCGUGCGGUCAUGGCAGAGGAGCUUGUCCGGCUGACCAAUGAGAACGACGAGAUGGAAGAGCAGGUGCAGGAGAUUCCCCAGCUGCGGAUUCAGCUGAAGGAGUUGGAGCAGAGACACAACACCAUCCUGCAGAUGUACGGGGAGAAGGCAGAGGAGGCUGAGGAGCUGCGCCUGGACCUGGAGGACGUGAAGAACAUGUACAAAAUCCAGAUCGACGAGUUGCUGAAAAAUCAAAAAUAGACUCAAAAGACAAAAAAAAGGACAAUGAAAUCCAAGCAUAUCAGGCUUUUAAGUGCAUUCACUGUAAAAAAAAAAAAGAGGUUAUUAGAAGAGAAGAGAAUUGUUGCAAGAGAAACUGUUUCAUUCAGUUGAAAGGCCAUUCAGUUUUUUCUUUUCUUUUUUUUACUGCCUGUGACAAUUUAUUUUAGGUGUCAAACUUGUUCAUCUAUUUAUAGAGUGAUUACAGUUCAUAUAUGGGACGCAGAAUAGACAAUGUGAUUAUACACAUGGACAUACCAAUCAGAGCAUUAUUCAGAACCAUGUAGUAACAGGCCUUCCUUUGAACAUCUCUCAAGGGUGUAGAUAACUUGCCUUGAUUUAUGCCCUUCAUUGCAACAUGGCUCCCAAGGGCUAGUUUGGCAUCAGCAUGUGUGAGGUAUUUGUAAAGAUGAUAUUUAUUGACAUGGAAUGAUUGUGAGGAUGUCCUCUCUGGUAUAGACAGGUGAUACACCUGAUGCCCUGGGUGCUAGUAUGAAAUCCCAGCCUUUUGGCUGCAUUCUUUUUCCCUACAAAAGAUAAUCUCUAAUAUUUUAGGUCUUUGGGGGUGUAAAGGGUGAAGGUUUACUUGCACUAAAAUGUUUUAUCGUAUUUUAUGAAGUUAGCUGUUAUUUUGUUGAUCACAUAGAUGGAACUCUAAAGGCAGUGCUCCAAUGAAAUAAGUGGCUACUGGGGAGGGUUUUGCACAUUAAUGCUUUGUUACAAUUUCUUCGUCAAAUUUUACAUUCACUGAUAUAAAUAUGAAGUAAGAGAAACUUAUGUUAUUUGGGAGCGGUCGAUUUCAGAUUCUGUAGUUGUCUCUUGAUGUAAAUGUGUAAAUAAAUAAUCAUUUAAUGUUCAA